AGAGGCAGCGGCAGCAGCGGGACAGCGGCUGCAGCAGCAUUCUCGCCAGCUCUAGCCACAGCUCACUGGAAGAGUCAGGCUCCAGCACUGCCCACUACCAUGGACGUCUUCAAGAAGGGCUUCUCCAUUGCUAAGGAGGGUGUGGUGGGCGCCGUGGAGAAGACCAAGCAGGGGGUGACGGAAGCGGCUGAGAAGACCAAGGAGGGGGUCAUGUAUGUGGGAGCCAAGACCAAGGAGAAUGUUGUGCAGAGUGUGACCUCAGUGGCUGAGAAGACCAAGGAGCAGGCCAACGCUGUGAGUGAGGCUGUGGUCACCAGCGUCAACACAGUGGCCGUCAAGACGGUGGAGGAGGCGGAGAACAUCGCCAUCACUUCUGGAGUGGUUCGAAAGGAGGACCUGGAGCAUCCGGCUCCCCCGCAGGAGGACAAGGCGACCAAAGUGGAAGAGGAAGUGGCCGAGGAGGCCAAGAGUGGAGGAGACUAGAGGGAUGCAAGUCAGCCAUGGAGGAGGAAGAGCCCCCUGCCUUGGAGCCCCUCCCCACCCGGCGUGCUGGUUGUCCAGCCCUGGAGUGUGACCUGGGUUGCCUAUGUUCCCGCACCCACACCUGGCCACCCACGGGGCCUGUCCUCCUAAGCUGCCUUCACCUCCCUCACCUCCCUCUGUCACUCCCUCUGCCCUCUGGUCUUUCUGACCCCACAGAUGCUGUUGUGAAUUUUUGUUUUUAAUGAUUCCAAAUAAAAGUCAAGUCCUCACCCCUGGCCAUAA